AUGGCUGAUAUCGACGAAAAACAACCGGCAACUGUCAGUCCCCAACUUUCAUUUUCUACAGAUGACAAGAGAUUGGCAGAUUACCUGACUGAUUCAAAAUCGGUCUCCAAAGAUGAACCAGCACAUAUGAGUAGAAACUUUCUGACUUUACAAAUCAUCACAAUUGGUUUUGGUCUUACAAAUUCUUGGUUGGGUAUUCUGUCUACUCUUAUCUUGUCGAUUUCGUCUCUUGGUCCUAUGUUAGUGGUGUAUGGUAUCUUAAUCGUUGCAUCUGUCUCCGUGUGUAUUGCAGUUACUCUUGGUGAAUUAGCACUGGCGAUGCCUUCAGCUGGUGGACAAUAUGUUUGGGCAAGAGUGUUGGCACCAAGAAAGUAUGCUUCAUUUUGGGCUUAUAUCACUGGUUCUAUCUCUUGGAGUGGUGCUGUCUUUACAACUGUCUCCAUGAAUCUUGCGUUGGCUUAUCAAUUAUUAGGUUUUUGGAACUUGACACAUCCAGAUCACGUAAAUCAAAAGUGGGAGGUUUUUGUCAUUUUCAAUAUUAUCAAUUGGUUCCUUUUCUUGUUUAAUAUUUGGCACAGAUUUUUACCAGUUAUUGGUGACAGUAUUUUUGGUAUCUCCAUUACUUCAUAUUGUAUUAUUAUCGUUACUGUCUUGGCAUGUUCUAAGGGCCGUUACCAAGACGCCAAGUUUGUGUUUGUUGAUGCAGUUAACAAUACUGGCUGGCCAUCUAAAGGGAUUGCAUUCAUUAUUGGUUUGGUUAACCCUGCUUGGGCAUUUUCUUGUUUAGAUAGUGUUACUCAUUUGAGUGAAGAAACUCCACAACCAGAAAGAGAUGUUCCAAAAGCUGUCUUGUCAACGGUUGCUAUUGGGUUUGUUACAUCAUUCACUUUUGUUAUUGCCAUGUUUUUCUGUAUCAAUGAUUUGGAACAAGUUAUGAACUCAACCACUGGUCUUCCAAUUUUGGAUAUUUUCUACCAAGCAUUAAGAAAUAAAGCAGGUGCUCUUUGUCUUGGAGCUCUUAUUUUCUGUACUGCCAGUGGUUGUACUAUUGCAUGUCAAACUUUCCAAGCACGUAUUGCUUUCUCGUUCUCUAGAGAUAAUGGUAUGCCAUGGUCCAAAUAUUUAGCCAUCAUUGAUCCAAAAACUGGUGGUCCAUUAUAUGCUCACAUUUUCUGUACUGUCAUAGUUACCUGUUUGUCUCCAUUAGUCUUCUCUGAUGCUGCCCUUCAAGCAACUGCUUUAUGUUGUAUCGGGUUUUUGCUUAUCGCUUAUCUGGUUCCAACUAUCUGUCUUCUUGUGAGAAAAAGACAAAUUCGUCAUGGUCCUUUUUGGUUGGGCAAGAUUGGUACUUUUUGCAACAUCAUGUUGUUGGUUUGGACCGUUUUCGCAUUGGUUUUCUUUAGUUUUCCAGCUACUUAUCCUGCUACUGCUCAAAAUACCAACUAUUUUUGUGCUGUGUUAGCUGGAUACAUUGUCUUGAUGCUUGGGUACUGGUGGUUCCCUGUCAAGAAAUAUGGUUGUAAGUAUAACUUCAGAGGUGGUAAUAGAAACCAAGAAGAAGUCGAAUUCCCAGAAAUUUGUAUAAAUGAAUGGUAA